UGCAUCAAUAAAUACCUAGAGGUAGGCAUAAUAGAGAUGACUAGCUCCACAAUCCAUUGACUGCUAUUCACGAGCAACUCGCACCCUUUGCUACAGGCAGGCGCCUAGCUAUCACUGAAUGGAUGACCUGGCUAUUGUUCCAGUACAAGCAAAGCCUCGGUGCUCUUAUAAGUGUUAUGUUUGCCCACGUCUCACCACUCAGAUGAACUAUCUCUCAACUUCACUCCAGCAAACCAUAGCUUCACUCUGCGAACGUGGCAGAGCCUACAGUUGAGCACGAUGGUAACCUUCCCGACCCAGAAGCUGCAGCCCUACACGCUGUACAUCACGGUCGCCGUCCCCGAAGAGCCACCCGAAACUAUGGCUCGCAGGUAUGACUAUGAGAUGGAAGGCGUUGUCGAGAUUCGUCAGAAGAGAGAAGACGAGGGAACUGUGCGAACUGUCCUUGGUUCGGUUGACUUCGACUGGGGCAUCUACUGGCACCGCGAUCUUGGUGACGGAACAUGGUACACCUAUGAAUUCUGCGAGCGUGCCAUGUGGAAAGGACCGCCUGGUUUGUACAAGCGUUGGACCUACCGCCGUACUGACGUGAAGCAAUCUCCGCGUCUCCAUCACCAUGUCGUCGGGCUCGUUCAAGUCAUGCGCAUCCCCGACAUUGGCGAAAGGAUCACUGAUUUCCUCGACUGGCUGGCGCCUCUCGUCGGUGACAACACACGAAGGGAUGACUCAUUCGCAACAACCAUCUACCUCCAAACACGACUGUUUGUUGCUUCCGAGCGCAAGAAAGUCGACAAAGCAGCCGAACACUACGAUGCCGCCGCCUUGGUAUAUGAGCUGGUGCAUGCUGCCUAUCCCGAGGUCUGGUACGCCUUCGCUGGACAUCUCCCACGUCCUAUCUAGGUGCCAGAGACUGGAAUGCCCAAGAACAAUCGACGACGAUGAGAGCUUUGUAG